AUGGCAGAAAUGGAGAAAGGAAAAAUAGAUAUGGCAAAACAACUCGAUAAUCGGUGCAAAUGGCCUGAGGAAAAAUUCAAAGCAAUGGAAGCUACUGAUUAUUGUGGCGGGAUCGACGCCAAGGACUUAAGCUUGGUCCCAGAUCUGGUGCUCCCACCAAAAUUUAAAACCCCGGAGUUCGAAAAGUAUAACGGGACGAGCUGCCCUGAAGCUCAUAUUACGAUGUUCUGUCGAAGGAUGACAGGGUAUGUUAACAAUGAUCAGCUGUUGAUCCACUGUUUCCAGGACAGUUUGAUCGGAUCUGCGGCCAAGUGGUAUAACCAGCUCAGCCGUGCCCAAAUUGGUUCAUGGAAGGACUUGGCUCAAGCUUUCAUAAAACAAUACGGUCACGUGACGGACAUAGCACCUGACAGAAUCACCCUACAAAACAUGGAAAAGAAGCCGAGUGAAACCUUCAGACAAUAUGCACAACGGUGGAGGGAAAUAGCGAUGCAAGUCCAGCCACCCCUCUUGGAGAAGGAAACGACCAUGCUAUUUAUUAACACUCUAAAGGCCCCAUUCAUUAACCACAUGUUAGGAAGUGCUACUAAAAGCUUCUCGGACAUAGUAAUGUCCGGGGAGAUGAUAGAAAACGCGGUAAGAUGUGGGAAGAUUGAAGCAGGGGAAAAUGCCAAGAGAACGGCUCCAAGAAGGAAAGAAAACGAGGUGAACAAUGCGAGCGCAUAUUAUAAGGGUUAUUCCAAGCCGGUCACAGUAAACCAGCUGAGAGCAGUGACUACUAGCCAUCAGGGCUCCGCAAGUCAAGAUUCUAAUCCAAGGCCUAACACCGAAAGAGUCCAGUUCACGCCAAUCCCAAUGACGUAUAGGAAGCUUUACCAGAAUCUGUUCGAUGCGCAUGUAGUGUCUCCCUUUUACCUAAAACCCAUGCAACCUCCAUUCCCAAAGUGGUAUGAUGCAAACUCGCAAUACGAAUACCAUGCAGGAAUUGCGGGGCACACAAUUGAGAACUGCACGGCCCUCAAAAAAUUAGUCGAAAGGUUCAUAAAGAUGGGCAUUGUGAAGUUCGAUGAUCCCACAAAACCUAAUGUGGUGGGAAAUCCAUUACCCAGUCAUUCAGACAAUGGGGUUUGGAAGAAAAUGGUGGAAGAAGGUUUACUUAUACAAGGUUUAAAGGAGAAGCCUAAAGGAGGGAAAUACUAUUGUGAAUUCCACGACGAGGAAGGGCAUGAGAUCCAAAAGUGCAAUAAAUUCAGGGCUCUGGUACAGAGAUUGAUAGAAAAUAAAGAGAUCGAAUUCUUUGAGUACACCGAGGGCCCGAAGGGAGAAGAUGUGUGCACGUCAGAGCAAGGGCCAACCAACAAUGUCCGAGGGGUCAAUCACCCGGUCGUAAUUAUAUCCCGACCAAAAGUCAAUGAAGUCGGAGUACCAAUUGCGCCAAAGGUCAUAAUUCAAAAGCCCGUUGCUUUCCCUUAUAAGGAUAGCAAAAGGGUUCCUUGGAAUUACGACUGCAAUGUAACGAUCCCGGGAGGGGAGAAUCCAGUUGUCGCUUUGGAGAAAGGUCAAGACGAGGGUUUCUAUACACGCAGCGGAAGGCGUUAUACUCCGAACACAAAGGCAGAAUCAGCUAAAGGAAAAUUCGUGGUCAUUGAACAAGAAAAGGAAAAGACGACCAGACCUGAAUCACCCGUCAAUGAGCCUGUAACUGAAAAAGAGGCUAAAGAAUUCUUAAAAUUCUUAAAACACAGUGAGUACAGCGUUGUGGAGCAAUUGCACAAACAGCCAGCUCGUAUAUCCGUACUAGCCUUGCUCUUGAGUUCAGAUACUCACCGAAGUGCAUUAAUGAAGGUUUUAAAUGAAACAUAUGUUGCGGAUGACAUCUCUGUCAACAAACUCGAUCGUCUGGUCAAUAACAUCAGCGCGGAUAAUUUUAUUUUCUUUAAUGAUGAUGAAAUACCACCGGGAGGCAUGGGAUCUACAAAGGCCCUACACAUUACCACUCGCUACAAAGGAUACACAUUGCCGGGGGUAUUGAUUGAUAAUGGAUCGGCAUUGAAUGUCAUGCCCUUGUCCACGCUAAAUAGGCUGCCAGUUGAUAGCUCUCACAUGAAGACAUGUCAAAACGUCGUGAGAACAUUUGAUGGUACGGAAAGGAGAGUGAUGGGAAGAAUCGAGAUACCUCUCUUGAUUGGCCCAAAUACAUACGAGGUGGACUUCUUAGUAAUGGACAUCAAGCCCUCAUACAAUUGCCUGUUAGGGAGACCGUGGAUUUACUCGGCAGGGGCAGUACCGUCGUCCCUACACCAAAAGUUGAAGUUGGUAACUGAGGGUAGGUUGAUAACGAUAAACGCGGAGGAAGACAUCAUGCAUCUGUCACCGUGGCGCACCGCACGUGCGAUGCAUGCAGAUGAUGAGGCGAUAGAAUGUUCUUUUCGAUCACUAGAAUUUGUCAAUGCUACAUUCAUCGUCGAAGGAAACAAGAUCCCAGCACCUAGAAUAUCCAAAACCACAAGGAUGGGCCUACGAUUAACUGUUGGCAAAGGAGCUUUGCCAGGGAAAGGACUGGGAAGAUGCCUCCAAGGAAGGAUCGAGGUACCAGUGUUGAAGGAAAAACGAGACCGCUUUGGCUUAGGAUUUAAGCUAGAUGCGAAGCAAAAGAAGAAAGAGCUAGAGAAAAGGCAAGAGAUGAGGAGAACGCAUAUCAAUGAUAUGAGCGAUAUUGCCAAUGACUCAGAGAUUCCUUUCGAACAAGACUUGUGUAUAGAGGACACGGAGGAUUUUGAAGAUGACCAAAAUUGUGGCCUAUCUCCUGAUUUGUUAAGAAUAGUAGAACAAGAGGAGAAACAAAUCUUACCUCACAAAGAGUCGGUAGAAAUUGUGAGCUAAGGAGAAGGAAAAGAGGUGAAAAUUGGAGCUAGUAUCGCUGCAGAAACAAAGCGAGGCCUCAUCGAGUUACUCCGAGAAUUCAAGGAUGUCUUUGCCUGGUCAUAUAAAGACAUGCCCGGAUUGAAUACCGAUAUCGUGGUGCAUCGACUCCCUAUAAAGGAAGAAUGCAAGCCAGUUCAACAGAAACUCCGAAGGAUGAGACCCGAUGUUUUGUUGAAAAUAAAAGAAGAGGUCAAGAAGCAGUUCGACGCCGGUUUCUUACAAGUGGUCAAGUACUCAGAAUGGGUGGCCAAUAUAGUCCCAGUUCCUAAGAAAGAUGGGAAGGUACGGAUGUGCGUAGAUUAUAGGGAUCUAAACAAAGCCAGCCCAAAAGAUAACUUUCCGUUGCCUCACAUUGAUACAUUAGUGGAUAACACGGCGGGUUACUCACUUUUCUCGUUUAUGGACGGCUUCUCGGGAUACAACCAAAUAAAGAUGCAUCCGGAAGACAUGGAAAAGACUACAUUCGUAACCAUGUGGAGAACAUUUUGUUAUAAAGUUAUGCCAUUUGGGCUAAAAAACUCGGGAGCAACAUAUCAGAGAGCCAUGGUAACUUUAUUCCAUGAUAUGAUGCACAAGGAGAUCGAAGUUUACGUCGAUGACAUGAUUGCAAAAUCCAGAACAGAAAAUGAGCAUGUGCAGGUCCUGAGGAAACUAUUCUUAAGGUUAAGGAAGUUCCAACUAAAACUCAACCCCGCAAAGUGUACCUUCGGAGCCCAGUUAGGAAAACUGUUGGGAUUUGUGGUCAGUGAAAAAGGAAUUGAGAUCGACCUAGAUAAAGUCAGGGCUAUACAAGAAUUACCUCCACCACGUACUCAAAAAGAAGUUCGAGGUUUCCUAGGAAGGCUGAAUUACAUCGCUCGGUUCAUCUCACAACUGACAGAAAAAUGUGAUCCGAUAUUUCAUCUCCUUAGGAAGCAUAAUCCAGGUGUUUGGGAUGAGGAGUGCCAGAGAACUUUUAACAAGGUCAAGCAUUACCUAUCCAAUGCCCCAGUACUGAUGCCACCUUGUCCGGAUAAACCACUGAUAUUGUACUUGACGGUGUUCGAGAAUUCCAUGGGAUGUGUGCUAGGCCAACAUGACGAGACUGGAAGAAAAAAGGCAAUAUACUAUCUUAGCAAGAAAUUCACUGAAUGUGAAACGAGAUAUUCGCCGAUCGAGAAGUUGUGUUGUGCUUUGAUUUGGACAACCCGAAGACUGAGGCAAUACAUGUUGUACCACACAACUUGGCUCAUCUCAAAACUGGACCCUUUGAAAUACAUGAUGGAAUCAAACGCUUUGAACGGAAGAAUGGCUCGUUGGCAAAUUUUGCUUUCCGAGUUUGACAUAGUCUACGUGAACCAAAAGGCUGUAAAGGGGAGUGCAAUAGCAGAUUUUCUGGCCAGUAGAGCUUUAGAAGAUUAUGAAUUAUUGAGCUUUGACUUCCCGAAUGAAGACCUGAUGUACGUUGCAACCACGGAAUAAGACUCUCAAGAAGGUCACCUGUGGAAAUUGAAUUUUGACGGAGCUUCAAAUGCUGUGGGUAACGGAAUCGGGGCAGUCUUGGUAUCCCCAAACGGAGAUCAUUAUCCUUUCACCAGCAAACUGGAUUUUGAUUACACAAACAAUAUGGCCGAAUAUGAAGCAUGUAUCAUGGGAAUUCGUGCAGCAAUAGAACGUAAGAUUAAAGUGCUAGAGGUAUAUGGGGAUUCUGCAUUAGUGAUCAAUCAGCUUAAAAGGGAAUGAGAGACAAGAGACCCUAAGCUGAUCAAUUAUCGAAGGCUGGUCCUUGAGUUAAUCGAGGAGUUUGACGAUAUCACUUUCUGCUACCUUCCACGAGAUGAAAACCAGAUGGCUGAUGCUUUGGCAACCUUAGCUUCUAUGAUCAAAGUGAACAAGCAAGAGGAUAUGAGGCCUAUCCAAAUGAGCAUUUAUGAGGCUCCGGCUCAUUGCUGCAACAUCAAAGAAGAAGAAGAGAAAGAUGACCAUCCUUGGUAUCAGGAUAUUUUACGAUAUGUGAAGAGUCGUGAAUACCCAGACCAAGCGACUGAGAAUGACAAGAGGACACUAAGAAGGUUGGCCAGUGACUAUGUCUUGGAUGGAGAAAUCCUAUACAGGAGAAGGAAGGAUCAGGUACUCUUAAGAUGUGUAGACGCUAUCGAGGCUAAGCAAAUCCUGGAAGAGGUUCAUGAGGGUGUCUGCGGAACACAUGCUAAUGGUUUCACCCUGGCCAGACAAAUUAUGAGGUUCGGAUAUUAUUGGUCCACCAUGGAAAGAGAUUGCAUCAACUAUGCCAAGAAAUGCCAUAAAUGCCAAAUCUAUGGAGAUAAAAUUCAUGUACCUCCUUCACCCCUUCACGUCAUGACUUCUCCAUGGCCUUUCUCCAUGUGGGGCAUGGAUGUCAUUGGGCCAAUCUCACCAAAGGCAUCUAACAGAUAUCGUUUCAUCUUUGUGGUUAUAGAUUACUUCACCAAAUGGGUAGAGGCCACUUCUUACGCCAACGUCACAAAGUCGGCAGUCAGUAAGUUCUUGAAGAAAGAAAUCAUAUGUCGAUAUGGGAUACCUGAGCGAAUCAUAUCGGACAAUGCACUGAACUUAAACAAUAGCACGAUAGCAGAGGUCUGUAGCCAGUUCAAGAUUAAACAUCAUAACUCGUCACCGUAUCACCCAAAGAUGAAUGGUGCAGUAGAAGCGGCCAAUAAAAAUAUAAAGAAAAUCAUAGGAAAAAUGACUGAGACCUAUAAAGAUUGGCACGAGAAAUUACCAUUUGCCCUGUAUGCCUACCGGACGUCAGUCAAAACAUCUACCGGGGCAACACCAUUCUCUUUAGUUUAUGGAAUGGAGGCGGUUCUACCUAUUGAGGUCGAGAUUCCCUCUCUACGUGUGCUUUCAGAACUAAAGUUAGAUGAAGCAGAAUGGAUCCAGUCUCGAUACGACCAGUUGAACUUGAUUGAGGAAAAGAGGCUAAAGGCUAUCCAUCAUGGUCAAAUGUAUCAAAAGAGAAUGAUGCAGGCUUACAAUAAGAAGGUUCGUCCUAGAGAAUUCCAUGAAGGAGACCUCGUAUUGAAAAAGAUCCUUCCCAUACAAAAAGACUUCAGAGGAAAAUGGAUGCCGAAUUGGGAGGGACCUUAUGUGGUAAAGAAGGCUUUCUCUGGAGGGGCUCUGAUUUUGACCGAGAUGGAUGGUAAAAGCUUGCCUAAUCCCGUGAAUUCAGAUUCGGUCAAGAGGUAUUUUACCUAA